AUGGAGCAUCCCCUUUCUUCCACAUACGGUGUCCGGCUGGGCUACUUUCUUCAGUCUGCAGACGACUAUCACCGUCAUCGACACAGAAUCAAUAAGAAGUUGUCUAAACUACGUCGUAGCUUAGAGAUUUCUACAAAGGAUACUAAAAAUUAUAAGGAAAAGGAGAAGAUUUCUAGUAUUACAAGUGAGAACUAUGACUCCUCCAUCAGGUAUGGAGAUGUAAUUCUUUACCAGGUUGAGAGAGAUUUAUUGUACGCAGAGGAGACCCAGCUUCUUUUAGACGUUCACAUGUCCAAAGUCAAAGAGAAGUUUUUAGUGUCCAAGUACAAGAAAGCGUUACUUAAUGCCAAAAGAUUAUUGAAAAUAGCUGAACAUGAGACCGAUGACUUCCGGAUGUUGGAAAUUCUUGUGUAUGCUGCGUUUGCUAGUGGUUUCCUUUCCGUGAGCAAGAAAAGAUGGGGUUUUGCUAAGAAUGCGUUUUCCAUCGCUAGAUGCUCUCUACAAUGCUUGUACGAACACCAGAAGUUACCUUCCGAUCUCAAUAAAGAAUUGUAUAUGGAUCUUAUUGAUAAAGUGGUGGAUCCUGUUCUGAAAGUUUCUACAUUAGAGGAAUCUGGCAUUCGUAGUCCCGACUUGGUUCUUAUUUCGAGGGGCCAAGCCGCCGAAUUUGCCGAUAAGAUUCCAUUUCUAAAGAAAGCAGUGGAUAUUAUCAGAAAAAUAGACGCUACCCUUGUGACGAUUUCUUCUGAAGGAGAAGAGAAGGAGAUGAUUAAAUCAAUUACAUGGUAUUCUUAUAGCGCGGUGAUCAAAUCUGAAGACGAGGCUAGAGUCGUGAUGAAAGCACUUGAGGCCGAAAAAAAUGUCGAUGCUGGUGAUGCCUCUUCGUAUGAUCCAGCUUUAAUUGCAUUUCAGGAUGCCUUGAGCUUUCAUGCGCAAGAAAUGGAGAGGGCUGAAGUGUUCGCUAGCGACGAAGAGAAGCAGGAAGCGCAUAUCAUUCUCACCUAUUUGAAGUACAACCAUAUUCUUCUUAGAAUAAGAAGAGAUAUCACUCUUUUGGAAGGUAUUAAUAGGAAGGGUAAUUCAAAGGUAACGAGAGUGGCUGUGUUGGAUAAUAUCAGGGACUAUUUGAAAAUUUUAGAAGGCGUUAACAGUUCUAUAGAAGAGAUCCGAGAAUUACCUGGUGUUUCCAACGAUGAUGAGCUUACAGGCACUUUGACUUCUUUGGACAGCUACUUCAAAACUGUUCAGAUGGCCAAGCUUGCGCGUGGAUAUACAGCCGUACAGAAGUGCAGAGAAUCAUUAGCACUUCUUCAGAGGGCCCAUCAGCUUAUUGAUUCGACAUCUGACUUUAGUGGCGAUCUUCCAGGCAAUUUACCAAGCAACAGAUCUCUUACAGAUUUGAAGAAGGAGGUGAAUAUGAAGCUACGUAAUGCUCACGUCGUUACUGUCUACAAUGACACGACUGCUGCCUACUUAAGCAAGGAAUUCAUCAUUGAUAAUACCAACAAGUUUCCCGAAAUAUCCGCUCAAAACAUCACUGAAAUGAUUGCUCCCUUGGAUCUCUCGAUUGAGCCUGUUAAUGUUAAGCCUGUUUUGUUUGAUGUUGCAUUCAAUUAUAUUAACUAUAAAGGAGAAGGCAGUUUUACAGCAGCUCCAGGACAGGAGUUCACUGAAGAACCCGAAGCGGAUUCCAUCGAUGAAGAACAUAAGAAGAAAGGUGGAUUUUUCGGAUUUUUUAGCCAUUAG